GUCAUUCUAGGGCAAACCACCUCGAAGCAAACGACCACCGUCAGAUCCAGAUCCAACUGCAGGCACGCCAUCCUUCCACCCCUUUUAAGCUGCCAAACCCUCUCGCGGAACUCCCCCUUGCGCCGUCGCCUUCCUGCUUGCCGCUCUCGCUCCGCAGACGCCGCCGCCGCCGCCGCCACGGCCAGAGCUCGACUCGCUCCCUAGGAGGUAAGGAUGGUGAGAGUCAGUGUGCUGAACGAUGCUCUCAAGAGCAUGUACAACGCUGAGAAGCGUGGGAAGAGGCAGGUCAUGAUCAGGCCUUCUUCCAAGGUCAUUAUCAAGUUCCUUAUCGUCAUGCAGAAGCACGGAUACAUUGGCGAGUUUGAGUACGUUGAUGAUCACAGGUCUGGCAAGAUCGUGGUUGAAUUGAAUGGCAGGCUGAACAAGUGUGGUGUCAUCAGUCCUCGCUUUGAUGUUGGUGUCAAGGAGAUUGAGGGAUGGACUGCAAGGCUCCUUCCUUCUCGUCAGUUUGGUUACAUUGUGCUGACAACUUCUGCUGGGAUCAUGGACCAUGAGGAGGCAAGGCGUAAGAAUGUUGGUGGCAAAGUGCUAGGCUUUUUCUACUGAAAAUGGAAAAUGGAAAAUUCGAUGGAAGUACCUGAGAUGUGUUAGUAGGAUAUUUCCCAAGGAACACCUAAGUUGUCUUUUUUUGUCUGACUAGCUGCCGCUGCUUGUUGAGUUAUUCUGGAAUCUGUUAUGCACUUUGGAAUUGGGUGCCUUUGUUUGAAAACUAUGAGCUGUGCCUGUCGUUAAUUCUUAAAAAUCUAUAUGCAAUAUUAUGUUGUUCCGUUGAGGUA